AUGUUGACUUGGUUUAUCACUGGUACCUCUAGUGGCCUUGGUGCCGCUUUUGCUGAGGCAGCCCUUACAAAGGGUGAUAAGGUGAUUGCUGCCUCAAGAGACUCCAAUAGAUUAACUUAUUUGAAAUCAAAAGGGGCGAUCGUUGUAGAUUUUGAUGUCAAUGCCUCUGCUGAUACCGUGAAAUCUUCGUUAUCUACAAUUGACAAAAAGUAUGGCCCGAUCGAUGUGGUUGUUAACAAUGCGGGUUACGGGGAAUUGGGAGCUGUUGAAGAAGUUGGGUUAGAUUUAGUUGAGAAGCAGUAUAGCGCGAACGUGUUUGGUCCAAUCAAAGUGAUUCAAGGUAUUUUACCAGAGUUUCGUAAACGCAGAAACGGGUUGAUCAUCAACAUUGCCAGCCGUGUGGGUCAUGAAUCAUUACCGUUCUUUGGCUAUUACAGCUCUACUAAAUCGUCGUUAAUGACGCUCAGUACCACUUUGGAUCUUGAAGUUAAGAAAUUUGGUAUCCGUUCCAUCGCCAUUGAAACUGGAGCGUUUAGAACAGAUUUUUUCAAAGAUUCAAGAAAAGAAGAAAACAAGAUUACCCUUCAAGGCACUAUCAAAGAUUAUGAUGAAGAAAGAGACGUUGCCAGUGCAGGCUAUGAGACUUUUUCUAGUAAUAUCAUUGGUGAUCCAAAGGCUUUAGCAUCACAAAUAGUUGCGCUAGCCCACCACGAAGGGCCUUAUGAAAAAGAAAUUCCUCCAGUUAUCAGUUUUGGCAAGGAUACUUAUGAGGUUAUACAAAGGUAUGCAAAAGAUGCCCUUGAACGUCUAGAAAAAUGGAAGGAGGUAACAUUUUCCACUGAUAAGUAUGAUUGGUGA